AUGGCAACCACGGAGAAACUCGUCAGUCCCUCCUCCAUCGGCCACUUCGGCAUUAGAACAACCCCUGAAAAGUUCGAGGCCAUGGUCAAGUGGCACCUCGACUUCUUCGGUGGACGCGAGGUACUUCGAAACGCCAAGGCCAGCUUCAUCCAGUGGGACGAAGAGCACCACAGAAUGGUCAUCGUGCAAGACGACAGCCACGAGCAGAUCCCAGCCGACAAGCGCCCUACAGCAGCAACAGUCUACCACAUCGCUUUCACACUCAACUCUCUCGAGGAUCUUGCCACCAGCUACGAGCAGAAGAAGGCCCGCGGCAUCCUGCCCACUGGCCUGUCAACCAUGGCAUGA